GCUCUCAAUAGUACUUUAUUUGUUUUGUCUAGACACUCCUUAUGGUAAUAGCUACCGUAACAGCGUGGAUAUCUCUGGCACUGCAAGUUUUGUUUAUUUCACCAGGUUUGAUAUAAAUUUGAGUAAUAAAUGAAAACGAUGAAUCUCGUAUUCGGCUAUUGCAACAGAUGGCCAGUAGAUUAAAAGAAAGAUCGUUGGUCGACAAGAUUUUCGUUUCCCCUCGUGCCAAUGCCAAUGAAUUGAUGGUAGAAAGGGAUUUGAUAAGAAAUGAAGAUAUUUUAAAACAACUGACUGUCGAUGGUGACGCUCAAGAUUUGCUUAAUUACAUCAACCAAAAUAAGAAAAUUUGCUUAAUUAUUCUCGGUUAUGCGGGUUUAUCAACCAAUUGUAAAGAUUUGGAAACCUUUCUACGCAACAGCAAGAAUAUCUGCAAAAUUAUAGUCGAUCACUUGCCAUUUGACAACACAAUUAACAUUUAUGAUUGCUGCGAAUUACUUCAGGAUCCAAAAAAAUUGGAGAUUUUCAACUGUCGAAGAAGGGCAUACCAGCGAUCAAAGUGAUUCUAAUUUUUAUGAUUUAUCUACGAUUAUUCAGUCCAUCUAUCUUAAAUCCCAUUAUCAUGUUAUCGAUUAUUGAUCCCCUAUACUUUUUUUCCCACCUUUCUCUUUUCUCUUCAUAAAACAUA